AUGUGGCAUUAGGGUCGGGUGGGGCCAUACAUAUCUGGAUAUUGAAUAUGUACAUUUUCACAUUUGAAGCAAAGCGUUGGCGUAAAAUCGGUGAUGUACUUUAUGCACCUCCCCUUGACACAAAAACUGCGAAUGGAAAGUUUUGCAUCGCACUCGUUUCAUUUCUACUGCGUAGUAAGCGAUGUGAUCUGCAAUUGCAACUCAUCCUCAGUUUUGCAAGCCUUUAAUUAUUUUUUUGCUCAUUACUGCACUUUUAACUUCUGUCCGUAAAUUUGGCAAGAACUUUGAUAUUUAAUUGUGUUUCAAGUUUUGUUGAUUAAUAUUUCCAACGUCAGAGAGCUAAGCUACGCUCUUAAUAAGGCAUAACUGAUUUUACCCACUACCAGGAUGGAAAUAAUGCUACAUAAACUCGUAUUGAUCAUACUCAUCCAAUCCCGCAUAAUGUCGGCCUCUUUUCAUCAUCAUGGUGAAGAAGGAUGUCCUACUGAUGGCACAAUUUUAUUUAACAAAGUUAAGACCACCAAUAAUCAUGUUGAUGUUCUCAAUAGCAUUGCAAACCUACUUUAUCGGAAAACGACUUCAUUCACUUCGGGGGAAUACAACAUUGCAUCUUUUAUUUCUGCCGUGAACGAAAAAAACUUCGGUGGCAUAAAGUUCUCCAUCCAUUCAUGGGAGAACAACAGAAUUUGGAUUUCAUUUAUUGACCCUACCAAGGAAUAUACUUUCUCUUUAUCGCAGAACUUGUGCAAAACUUUAGGGUACACACGUUGUAUCUUCCCUGGUAGUGGGAAUUACCCGUCAGAAAUGUCCCAAAUUGAUGUAGGUCGACCACCACAUAAUGAAUUAUGGACGUUAUUUUUUCAUAAAUGGACUACAAAGAAAAUUGUCACUACAGUAAAUUCAACUCUGGAGAAGUCAAUUGAAUGUCUCUCAAAUCAGACUGAUGGUGCAGUAAAAGUGCUUCUGUCAUGUGACGGAACUAAAUUUACAAUCCAUAAGUCCAACUCAAGUUUGUAUUUACAAUUCACUGAAGACUUCAAUCUCCAAUUUGGUUUGGAUCCGGUAUUAAUUGGCUCCACAUUGACAAUUCUUGACAAAAAUUCCACAUCGGCACACCCCUUUACUCUCAAAGACGAAUGGAAUAAAUGCAGCAAAAAUCUUACCAUUGUUUCCUUGACUAGUUCAUCUGAAACAUUUAUGAAAGGAGACGCAAUUUCUCUCCUCGGUUUAAUUCAAAGUAUAAACCGCCGUUUUAUUAAAUCGCCAUUUUUUAUGAAUAUUACAAUCUCAAGUUCCAAAAAUCAACCAACUUCAAUAAUAACGUUUUUGGAUCAAUUCGAUAAAUAUAUAAUAACUUUCUCAGAAGAAUUAAGUCAAGUUUUGGGUAUUAACCAAACCCAGUUUCAUGCAAGUGGAGAAUAUACUGGGAGUACUUCAGCUGACGACGAAAUAUUCAAUGGGCUUGAUCCGGAUCAGGAAUUUAUUAUUACGCUUACUCAGAAAGCUAUACAGCGUAUCCAUAUCCCACCACCUCAAUACAUGUCGUAUCCCUCAACAGUGAAGACCAUAAACAACGCUCUACAAUCCUUUAUCUCGCACAAAAUUGCUUUAACUAUUUCUCAAGACUUCGAAAAUUUGGAGAUAAAUAUUUUCACAAAUUUAUCUGUGACUUUCUCCCCUUGCUUAAAUAAACUUUUUCACAUGAAACCAUUUGACUCCUUUACAAGUUCUUCAACAUCAAUUCAACUACCUCCGAUUCUCCUCCCCAAAGAUAUAAACACAACGCCACAAAUAAUCCCAUCAACUUCUCAAAAUGCAGAAGAGGAGGAGGAGUCAGGUACCGCCAUGGAUACAUCACCGGACGAUGCUGUUGAUGAUAAUACUAGUAUACAAGUGGAGGAUGAUGCUCGUAAAGUUCCAACUAGUCAAGACCAACGUAAAUGCUACACCAUAAUUAACGAAAUCCUUCCAACGAAGCGAUGGUUGAACACCCUUUCAAAAAAACAGUAUAUAGAAAUAGUACACCGAUGCGGUAAAAAAACAAAAAAAAGCAACUUGGACAAGAUGGAUGGUUACAUGACUUUGAUUGUUGACAUAGGAACUUAUAAAACGGAUUUCAUAAUACAACCAGCCUUAGUUUUUUCCAGCGAUUUAAGCAAGGUUGUACCAACUCGUCGAGUUUUACCCGAUGAAGCACUCGAGUGGUAUAUAGUUAUUGGAACCGCAGACACGGAGAAUGUGAAUCAAGAAAUAACCGAACCAUUUGUGGAACAUAUAUACAGCUCAGUAGCAGGCUAUAGCAACGCAAUUCCUUAUGAAAAUUAUCACCCUACUGCUAUACUGCUCCUAUACUUUAAAUUUAAGGAUCGUCGGAAGAUGAAGAGAUUUGCAUUGAGUAAGAGAACUUUAGAUGUCGACACAGAAUUCGUGCCAAUGCAACUAACUCCAGAUCUCUUGGCCUUAAUAAAGGAACAUGCGAUUGAUUUGUUUGUUUACGCGCAAGGAUGUGGGCCCACCCAUGGAAAAAUAAUUCAAAAGAUGUACGAGGGGUAUCCAGAGGAUUGUGUUGACAACAUAUUUGCAACUAGAACCGUUAUACCUUUUCACGAACAAGAUAUUUUGCAGACAUACAGUAGAUGCACCGAUAGCAUUCACCCAUUUCAAAUAUCAUCGUUUGCCGACACUGACGAAACACCAGGGGAAACAAAUAAGUGCUCUCCUAAUUCCGAAAUCAUAUAUGAAUUCGAUCUUAUUGGAAAGUCUUUACAGUCGACCGCACAGAAGGCAAUACUCAAUGUUUGGGUUUCUUUGCGGCAAGGAAAAACGAACCCAUCUAUUCUAGAAGGUACUCCCAGGGAAGUGGCGGCUCGACUUGCAGGAGUAACAGAAGCCCAACUAACCCGAGCAAACAAAAGAUGGAGGGGAAACACAAUUUCGACACCACAGCGCAAUGGAAAGAGGCCCUGUCCAGUACAAACAAAAAUUGAUGAAUUAGAUCGUAAUUGGAUUAGAAGUGAGAUUGUUAAAUCAUAUAAAAACGGUGCCGCCAUAACUGCUGCCGACUUGUACAAAAAGUUUAUGCAUUACAAAAAGAAAUAUUACGACGAUGAGAUGCUUCGUCAUCGAUCCAAUCCAGAUAACCACUCAAGACCUGACAUAUUUCAUUGCUCAAAAAAUACUUUCCAUAGAGUACUACAUUUAAUGGGAUUUACUAACGGGGUUAUAGAUAAAAGAGCAGGAAUAAGUCAAAGAGAAGACAUUGUAAUAUGGAGAGGAAAAUACCUUAGAGAACUUCUCCGAAACGAAGCUGCCGAGAAGCCAUGCAAAAUAGUUUAUAUUGAUGAGACGUGGGUUGAUGGGAAUAUGCAUGUGGCGCGAGGUUGGUUUCCAAAGACGUGUAAAUCCAUCAAAGAAAUGGCUCCAUUUACAUAUGGAACAACAUCGAUGGCAACUGGUCCUCGUCUGAUUGUUCUGUCACCGAAGAUGGUAUAAUCCCCGAACUUGUUCUCGUAUACAAAGUGUCAAAAUCCCAGACUGCAAGCGAUUAUCAUGACAAUGUAAAUACCCAAACGUUUCAAUCGUGGUAUAUAAAGUUGUUGGAUUAUCUCGACAGGACAAAUGAAAAAUGGAUCAUAAUAAUGGACAAUGCUUCAUAUCAUUCCACCAAAAUUUUACCAAGGAAAUCAGAAAGGAAAGAAGUUCUUUACAAUUUCUUGCAGAAAUAUACAACAAUGCCUGGUCUAAAUAUUAAAUUGCCCUCUGAUAUGAAAGCAAUAAGAAAAUUUGAGCUGGAAGAUAUGCUGGAAAAGUAGCUCGGUUGCCGGAAAUGCGGGAUGAAUUAUAUACAAUCGACAAAUUGACGAAACAGCGGGGUCACAGGGUUUUAAGGUUGCCACCUUACAACUGUGAUCUUAAUCCAAUCAUUAAGAUAUCUUUUGCAUGACCUAGAGGUGCUGGAAAGACACAAAACACAAUACCAAACGAAGGAAUCACAACAAAAACUUAGAUGACAUCAAGUUGAUAAUGCAAGAAGAAUUAAAGAAUUAUGACAAAACCCUAGCUAAAAAUCACUUUAAACAUACUAAGAGGUUAGAAAAUAAGUAUUGGGAGGAGGAUGGAAUACUAGAAGAAACACAUACUUCUCCAAUUAUAAUAACAGAAGAAGAUGAAGAUAGUGGUGAUGAAGAUAGCGAUCAAGAAGACUGCAUAGCGCGAGCUACAACUGUUGUAAUGGAGAAUGGCGACCAGGUUGAUCAUGGAGGAGACUUGUCCCUCUGGGAUUGCGACUGGGCGUACGACAUAUUUGAAAGGGAACUUGAGAUAGGAAAUUAUAUGGUAGACACAACAGCUACUCGUGGCAGAGGAAGAGGUAGAAGAGGCAGAUGCCGUCAGUGCCCACUUUAGAUGCACAAUAACAAAAAUCAUAAAUAUUUAUUUGCUAGAUUUUACGGUAACAAUUUUAUGUUGAGUGUAUUCAUUACGAGUUAGCACGUUCGUAUCGUAGCAUUUUGAAACAAAAAUGGAAAAUAAUUACCAGCCGUGCAGAUGCACAAGUUUGUAGAUGAAUUUUUAAGCCAAAAAUUUUGGAUGUUCAUUAAUAAUCUCUAGUGUUAUUUUAAAAUUUGUGUUGGAAUUCAAUUAUUCAAUAGCUUGUAAUUAAAUCUAACUUUGUAACCAGCAUUGUAAUUUUGUAAUUUAAGCAAUAUUGGGAACGAAAUUAUAAUUUGAAAUUUGCGUACCAAGUAAUUUAACGAGCUCUGACACAUGCUAAUAUCAAUUUUUUUGUUAUUUUGUAAACAUUUUUCGAAGUUAUCAUUAAUAAAAGUUAAUUGAUUGAACGCACGGACGCACAGCAAAGGUUAAAAUGCUCUAGUUAUAAAGAAAAAUUGGUUAAUUUGUAUAGUAAUUGUAAAUUGGUAAUAUAAUAAUGCAAGUAAAUAAAAAUUUAUAGUGCAAAAAUAA